UUGACUAUAAAGAACGCAGCGAUUGUCUCUAAUCGAAUGUAUCAUUCCAAACUCGCAUUGCAUCUCCUAGCAUUCUUCUGAAACUAAGACUUUCCACACAUUCGCCGCAGUGUAUCUACACAACCCAACUACAGCAUGCAUCUCGCACUUUGGACUUCCCUUCUGAUGGCUGGCUCCUGUCUUGGCCAGGGAGACAUUGCUGCGCUUCUCAAAUCUCAACCUGAUCUCAGCACACUGCUUGAGCUAGUUGGUCUUAUCGACGGCCUCGCUGAUACGCUUGCGACUUCUUCAAAUAUCACGAUCUUUGCGCCGACGAACCAGGCUUUUGCCAACGUGCCUCGCGACAUUCCUGAGGGCGAAGCCAUCGAGUUCCGCAACAACACCAUCGCUAUUGGAGCUCUCCUCGCGAACCACGUCUUCAAAGGGGUCUAUCCCUCGGAUGUCAUCACUAACAUACCGACCUUCGCCCAGACGUUACUCGACAUAUCAUACGUUGAUAAUCGACAGCCCUUCUCUAAUUUCACGGGCGGCGCUUACAAUGGUCUCGUGAAAAACGGCGAUGACGUGUGCGUUCUUUCUGGGGAGCAGACAAUCUCUACCGUCACUGAAGCUGACAUCAAGCUGGGAGGUAUCACAAUUCACAAGGUCGAUACGGUACUCUCUUUUGGAGCACCGUUCCAGCUCUUUACGUAUCGAGCGGGUUACACAGCUAUGAAUGCCGCCUUGGAAACCGCGAAACUGAGCAUUGAAUUUGGGUUGACCGGUGCCGAUCAGCAAGCGCUCAAUCUCUCUGACUACACUAUCUUCGUCCCGACCAACGAGGCCUUUCAGAGCAUUGGCUCUGUGGUUCAGUCUGUAGAUGCCGCAACACUUCAGCAGGUCCUCGCCUACCACAUCAUUCCCAACAACGUCAUCUUCUCGCCUUCUCUGGGCAACGUUACCGUGCCGUCUUUGCAAGGUGCUAAUCUUACAUUCACGGUCCUUCCGGAUGGUUCGGCCUGGGUCAACAACGCGCGGAUUACAUUCGCAAACACGAUCCUGUAUAACGGUGUUGCACACGUCAUCGACAGUGUUCUUGCCCCUGGAGAGUUUGAUCGUGUUUCUCUAAAGCCCUCUGCGCCCGCAGCCGAGCGUGUUGCUUUCCCUAACGCGUCUCCUGUUUCCCAGCUGCCUCUUACGAGCGCUUCGCUCGCUUUUGGCGGAGACUUGAUGACUUUCACCACGACACCGGAGCUGCUCAAGACCAUUGCUGCUGUUGUUGCUACUUCUUCCAGUGCUGUUACCACGGCGACUCGGAGCCAGUCAGCACCUGUUACAGAGUUCACUGGUGGUGCUGGUGGAUUGACCGCUGCGAAGGGUGCCGCACUUGCAGGCGCGGUUGGUUUCGCUGCCCUUCUUGUGUAGGGUAUUCAGAUAUGGCUGUUGGUUUGGAUGGGAGCAGGAUAGGGUCCGGUCCUGGCAAGAGAAGGAAUAAUAUAAUCAAAGGUGUAAUACAUGUAAUCUCUCGAGGGCUUCGGUUUUUUAGCAUUGUAGUGUUCCUUGUCAAUGUAUCGUC